UGGGUGGGUCAUUCAACAACCAACACAUGAUCAAUCAAAAUCCCAUUCUCCACUUCACAAAAGUAAAAUCCCAACCAAAUCCAUGUCACACAAAUCCCCAAAAAUAAUCACUUUUUUAUUAUUCCACCUAUGGGGAAGCUAAUAACAACUUCCAAACCUCUCAUUCUCAAAUCAAAACUCCUCUGUUUUUCACUUUUCUAUCUCUUCACCACUCUUUUUCUUGCUCUUUACACCACCCUCUCCCAAUCCAAAUGCUUCUUCAGAUCAUCCCCUUCAGAUCCCAUUCUCAAUUCUCUCUUCAAUUACCCUUCUUCUUAUGGUGAACAUAAAUACGCUGUCUCAACCACUCGUUCUACGUGUUCUUCCCCUGUUUUCUUUUCAGAUUAUUGGGAUGUUGUCGAUGAAAUUGAGAAUUUUCGGAAAAAAUCUCGAGGUAAUGGACGUGUUCUUAGGUAUAUGCAGGGCAAUGUUGGUACUUUUGGUGGGAAUUUCAGCAAUGUUAAGAGGUUUUCUUAUUUUAAUCAUCCAAAUGAUAGCAUUGAAGUUCCAUGUGGAUUUCUCAAGGAAUUUCCAAUCAGUGAUUCUGAUAGAAUGGCCAUGGAAAAAUGUGACAAAGUAGUAGUAGUUUCAGCAAUCUUCAAUGACCAUGACAAAAUAAGACAACCAAAGGGACUUGGAAUCAAAACACUAGAAAAUGUGUGUUUCUUCAUGUUUGUGGACGAUGUUACCCUCAAAGGUUUAGAACAUCAUGGAAUGAUUUCAAUAAAAUCCCAAGAAUACAAGAUAGGUGUGUGGAGGCUUGUGAAGGUUGCAAAAGAUGAUUUGUAUCAGAGCCCAGCAAUGAAUGGGAUUAUACCAAAAUAUUUAAUCCAUAGACUAUUUCCAAAUUCACAAUUCAGUAUUUGGAUAGAUGCAAAGUUGCAACUCAUGGUUGAUCCUUUGUUGUUGAUUCAUUCACUUGUUAUAAAGGAGAAUGUAGAUAUGGCUAUAUCAAAACAUCCUUUUUAUGUUCAUACAAUGGAAGAAGCAAUGGCAACUGCUAGGUGGAAGAAAUGGUGGGAUGUUAAUGCAUUGAAGGUGCAAAUGGAGACAUACUGUAAAAAUGGAUUGCAACCAUGGAGUCCUAGCAAGCAGCCCUAUGCAUCAGAUGUACCAGACAGUGCAUUAAUAUUGAGGAGGCAUGGAGUAGGAAAUAACCUUUUCUCAUGUCUAAUGUUCAAUGAGUUGGAGGCAUUUAAUCCAAGAGAUCAACUACCCUUUGCAUUUGUUAGGGAUCACAUGAAUCCUAAAAUGAAGCUGAACAUGUUUGAGGUGGAAGUUUUUGAACAAGUGGCAGUAGAGUAUAGGCACAAUCUCAAGAGCAGUGAUGGGACCACAUUGAAGAAAAUGUCUAGUUCAAGAAGAACCAAAAGGGCAGCACCAGAUUUGUAUGUUCAUAAUGGUAGCUGUUGUGGUGGGUGCCACAAGUAUCUUUCUACAAUGUGGGGUGAUUCCAAUGAUUGAUAUUUGAUUCACCUAGCACAAGAGUAGAAAAGAAGUCAAAACAAAAACUAAAGCUAAAAGAACCUAACAGGAUUAGUAUUUUUUUUUUUCUUUUCAUAGAAAGUUUAUAGGUGAGUUGAGUGUCAAGGUUCGGCGCAUAAUGUUAGCAGAUGUAUUUAUAAUUAUCCAUCAACGAGGUCUUUAAAUUGACAACGUGAGUUGAUCUCAUUCCCUA